AAUUUCUCAUUAUGACAGCAAUAUUUUUAGCGACAAAGUAAAACCAAAAUGCAAGCUUUAUCCUCCUGCCGCGACUAGGAAGGAGGUUGUCAGUCAUGGUGACCUCCGUGAAGUUCUUUUUGCCUAAUACUCCUCAAAAUCAUAACCCUACAUCCAAUCUUCUCGUCCUCCCCUCUACAAACUCUUCAAAGACCCUUCCCACCUUCAACAACCUAACCUUUUCUUCAUUCAAUUCCUUGAGAUGCCGCAUCUCAAACCCUGGCAAGGCCCUUAAUUGCUCGACUCAUUGCAAAUUAUCCAAUUUUUUCCGCUUCCAUCUCUUCCAUCGGAGAAUAGUCCGUCCAGAGAUUCUCUGCGCCGCCGCCGGCGGGGAUUCUGAUACUGAGCCAGCGGUGGUUCAUAAGAGCAGCGGCGGCGAAGGCGGUGGUGGGGACGGAGGAGGGGAAGGAGAUGAGGAAGCACAGAAGAAGAAGGGGUUGCUUCCGGAAUGGGCUAAUGUUACUACGGAAGAUGCGAAGACUGUGCUUGCAGCCUUGGCUAUUUCGUUGGCUUUCAGAUCCUUUGUUGCCGAGCCGCGGUACAUUCCUUCUCUAUCAAUGUAUCCUACAUUUGAUGUUGGAGACCGCGUUGUCGCCGAAAAGGUUUCUUACUACUUCAGAAAACCAUGUGUAAAUGACAUAGUCAUCUUUAAGAGCCCACCAGUGUUACAGGAGGUCGGAUAUUCCAAUGAUGAUGUUUUUAUCAAGAGAAUUGUUGCCAAAGCAGGUGAUGUGGUCGAAGUUCAUAAUGGUAAGUUGAUAGUGAAUGGUACCGUGAAGGAUGAACGCUUCAUUCUCGAGCCACCAUCUUAUGAUAUGACCCCAACACAAGUUCCCGAGAACUCUGUGUUUGUAAUGGGAGACAAUCGUAACAAUAGCUAUGACUCACAUGUGUGGGGACCUCUUCCAACCAAAAAUAUUUUAGGCAGAUCUGUAUUCCGCUACUGGCCACCAAAAAGAUUUGGAAGCACAGUUAUUGAUCCCAGUUGUGAGAGCUUUGAUGAGCCAAAGAGCAGUCCAGCGACAAAUUAAGAGAAACAAAAUGAAAAUUUACUGUUUCCUCCAAUUUUGUUUUUUUCAAUUAAGUUUUCUGUGCACUGCCUCAUAAGCUUUUGCCUUUGAGAAAGUUGGCAGUUUGAAGCAGAGAGCUUUCUCAUCUGUAAUUCUUAUCGAUGUAUUUGGUAGAUGUUUCUGAGCCUAUCUUGUAUUGGCUCUACAAAUUAUAGCCAAUGUUAUGGAGAAAAAAUAGUUAUAACAAUAAGACAUUUAAAUCUUCAACAUA